AUGAAUACCAAGAAUGUCACGCGGGAGGAGAAGAAGAAGGAGAAGGAGCUGAACGAGGCCCGCAAGGCGGGCAAAAUCGAAGCCCUGAAGGACGAAGAGGGGAACGACAUAAACCCCCACAUGCCCCAGUACAUCAUAAAAGCCCCGUGGUACCUGAACCAGACCAAGCCGGGACUGAAACACCAACGGUACAGGGGCACCGAGAAGGUGAAGAUAGAAGAGGAGAGAAACAAAAAGGUGUACGUGAAGAACCUGAAGCACAUCUCCGAUUUUUGCAAAAAUUGUGGAAGCGCCACCCACAAGGAGAAGGACUGCCUGGAGAGAACGAGGAAGAAGAAGCUAAAUUUUGCUAACAGACAGAACGAAGAAGAUUUUGUGUGCCUGACGCAGGACCUGGGGUACGACGGGAACAGAGACAGGUGGGUGGGCUACGACCCAGAAAACUUCGAGCAGGUGUAUAGGGAGUAUGAGAAGAUCGUGGAGGAGAAGAAGAAGAGGAAGGCGGAGGAGCUCAAGCAGAAGUACGAGCGGAAGGCCUCGGCGGGGAAGAAGCGGCGCGGGGGGGUUAGCGGCGAUGGCGGGGGAAGCGGCCAUGGGGGGGUUGACGAUGCGAAUGACCACUCCCGCAGCGACAGCGAUAACGAGGAAGAUGAGGCGGACCUGGGGGACGAUGCGCCCAAGGGCGCCACCGGGGCGGACGACCCACAGAAGAGCAGCGUAAACGCCGGCAACCUGAAUGCGAGUGAAAAGCACAGAAACGUGGCGAGGAACCUACGAAUCAGGGAGGACACAGCCAAGUACCUGUACAACCUCAGCUUGAACUCAGCCUUCUACGACCCGAAGAGCAGGAGCAUGCGAGAAGACCCAUUCGCAACCACAAGGGGGAAUCUACCAGAGGAUAGUAACCAUUAUAAGGGAGAAAACUACUAUAAUAAUACAGAUGAGGCGAUAGAAUCCAAAAAAUUAGAAAUCUUCGCUUGGGAAACGUAUAAGAGGGGAGAGAAUGUUCAUUUCAAUGCGCAGCCGACUCAACUGGAGUUGCUAUAUAAAGAAUUUUUGGCAAAAAAAAAAAAACUUAUAAAAAAAAAGGAAGAGGGUAUUUUAAAAAAGUAUAAGUGUGAAGAUGCAGUGGGUACGGAUGGACCUGUAGGGGAGGAACUCAGUCAGUCUGAAGUUUACACAGAAUAUAAGCCCGUGGAUCAAAUCGAUUCUAAGGUGAAGAGGGUUAAAAUUUUGAGUAGGUACGAGGAGGACGUCCACCUCUUUGAGCACUCCUCCGUUUUUGGCAGUUACUACGAUCGGGAGAGAGGGAAGUGGGGGUACCGCUGCUGCCGCUCCACCGAUCGGUUUCAGAAGUGCUUCUCCGCCUGACGGGCCGGGCACGCGCAUUUGGAGAUGUGGAGUGAAGCGAAGUGAAGUGAAGUGAAGCGAAGCGAGCGGUUUGAAGUGAGCGGUUUGAAGUGAGCGGUUUGAAGUGAGCGGUUUGAAGUGAGCGGUCUGUUCUGCC